UAUGUUCACUAUCGUACAACUAUACACAGUGUGUUACAAAAUUACAAACGAUAAUUGUUACAAUAUGCAAAAAAUGGCCAUUUUUCUUAUAGCUGUUAUUAUCAUGGAAACAUUAAUGGUCACACAAUGUCGGCCAAUUGAUCCUGAUACAACUAAAGGUGAAGAUGGAUUACAGAAGUCGAAAGACCCAACAGGUGUAUUGCACGACAAAGAAGGUGAAGAUGGUUCUCUUGCUUAUGUUUUUAAAUCGGAAAACCCAAAAGGUGGAGAAUGUUCAUAUUCAUUCAAUAGUGAUGAUAACGAAUUGGAACAUCAAAGAGAUAGAAGUAAUAUGGAGUACACAGUGAAGCAUAGCGCUUUUUGGCAUUGCUGUAAUUGUUUUCUUAGAAGUGUGCGUUGCUGUUGUUGCCCAAUUGUCUUUUGCGCUGAAAUCCUCCCAGACGAUGCAUUGUCUCGUUGGUGUUCAAAGAAUUUUCAUUAAUUAUUAUGAAAAUUGUUAAAGAUAAGAAUAAAUGCAAAGGUGAAAGA